UUUCAUCUCCGACAUAUAAAACUGCAGCGGCACAUGAGUCAUAGGACGAUGCGGAUCGAGAGCGACUCGUGUUGUGUUGUGCCUCAGAACACGGACACCGCCUUGACGCACGAAACAUAACGAUAGAUAAACUCCGGACAAAACAAAGUCACCGUUAUAGGCAACCGUCGAUCUAAGACGAAUUCAAAUUUUUCUACUCCCCCUGCCCCCCGACGCGUGUAAAUAAAUGAACGCGAUCGCGAACGAGUCAGUUAUUAUCCGAGUCAUUAUCCGAGUUACAGUUCGAGUUAACACACGAGUUAUUUGUCUGAGUUAUUAUCUACGUUUAAUAGAAUAUACGAGUUAUAGAGUUAUCCGCGAGCGAUCAUACUUUCUCUUUGCGAAUACAUUUAUAGGAGCGUCUCUCGACGAGGCUCGACCAGCACACGCGUGGCGUGGGGAAGGUGUUCCGUCGUUAAUAUUACAUGGGGCACCCCAAUUCGUUCCGACGGGUGUCAGGCUGGAGAGUAGCUGAGGGAUUGAUAAGCUCUCACACCACCUCUAUAUAUUCAUGGAGGUCAAGCCGGAGACAAAGCUCGCGGGAGAGGCCCACGGUAUCCGGAGAAUGGAACCCUCCCGCCCGCCAUCAAGAUCGAGACGCAUCAAGGAUAGAGCGACAGUGAUCGAAGACGACGACAUGCUCCAGGCAUUUGCCAUCGUCGCGGCCUGGAAUCGCGACGCCCGUACAAAGAAGAAAAGCGUGGACAAGAAAAAAAGCGUGCACAAGAAGAAAAGCGUGCACAAGAAGAAAAGCGUGCACAAGAAGAAAAGCGUGGACAGGAAGAAAAGCGUGGACAAGGAGAAAAGCGUGGACAAGGAGAAAAGCGUGGACAAGGAGAAAAGCGUGGUCAAGGAGAAAAGCGUAGACGAGGACGCGACACAUGAUGCGUCGAUGCUGCGCUCCUCGACUGGUGCUAGACAGGACCGAUGUGCGUACUGGUGGACCCAGGACAUUGCAGAUCUACGGGCGACGUGCAUUCGGGCCCGCAGGCGGCUCCAGAAAGCCCGCCGUCGGCGGCAUCAUGACGAGAAAGAGAUCUCUCUCUGCUACGAGAUAUACAAGGGGACGCAAUACUUCUUAAAGCGGGCGAUCAGGAGCGCUAAAGCUUCGACUUCUCCCAACAAUUCCGACUCGUGCAUGUGUGAAGAACGUAAUAUUAUAUAA